GAUCCAAAUUUCAAGGAGCCAAUUAUGAAUGUAACUGCUCCUGUUGGCAGAGAAGCUAUGCUCACAUGUGUUGUACAAGAUCUAGCUGGUUACAAGGUUGCUUGGUUACGUGUUGAUACGCAAACGAUUCUGACAAUAGCAAAUCACGUGAUCACAAAAAAUCAUCGAAUUGGCCUGACGCAUAGUGAACACCGCACCUGGUUUCUUCAUAUAAAAGAAGUGAAAGAGACCGAUCGCGGAUGGUAUAUGUGCCAAAUCAAUACGGAUCCUAUGAAAAGUCAAAUUGGAUAUCUUGAUGUUGUUGUUCCACCAGACAUAAUUGACUAUCAAACUAGUACAGAUAUGAUUGUGAGAGAAGGUACUGACGUUACACUACGAUGUAUGGCUACAGGCUCACCGGCACCAAUUAUAAAUUGGCGUAGAGAGGAUGGGCAGCCGAUUUCUCUUAGUAACACGAGGGAGGUACAAAGUGUGGAAGGCUCGCAGUUCAAUCUGACGCAAGUAAGUCGAAAACAGAUGGGACCAUACUUGUGCAUAGCAUCGAACGGCGUACCGCCAACCGUCAGUAAAAGGAUCAUCCUCGUCGUGCAAUUUCCACCGAUGAUUUGGAUUCCGAAUCAAUUGAUCGGCGCACGAGAAGGUCAUCAAAUUACGCUCGAGUGUAUUUCUGAAGCGUAUCCAAAAUCCAUCAACUAUUGGACGCGCGAUAAAGACGAUAUUGUAGCACAAGGUGAUAAAUAUGAACCAGUUAUUGUUGAAAGUGCAUAUAAAGUGCAUAUGAAACUAACAAUUAAAUCUGUCACUGCAUCCGAUUUUGGAUCCUACAAAUGUGUUUCCCGUAAUUCAUUGGGUGACACAGACGGCAGCAUUAAACUUUAUCGAAUACCUUCCAGUUCUGGAUAUCAUUCGAGCGACAGUAAUGACACGAAGCACAAAGGAAAACCAAGAAAGAAUGCUGGGAAUAACAUUUUGGAAGGAAAUCAGGAUAUGCUAAAGGAACGAGAUCCGAAUCAACCAAGUAACAAAGAGGACGAGGAGAACUACGAGGACUCAAGGGCACGGGCCUCGCUAGUAUCAUCAUCCUGCAUUUGCAUUGUACUCGCUUGCACUUUGGGACUCGUAUUGCCACUGCCCUUUCGUCAUCAGUCGGAGCUUCGGGCACUUCAUCCAGCUUGAGAGACUCAUUGGUUUUGUCCUCGGCGACGUCGCGUCGCUCUCGGCCUCGGAUUCGCGACACUCAUCCUUUAGGAAGAAUCUGUGACAAAGUGUUCACAAAGAAACGAGCUGGAAGGAGGUCACACAGCAAUGCUCAC